AUUUUAAGCAUCACUGGUGAUCACCCUCUAUAUAUACACUUCACGAAACACUUUGAGAAACCCUCCCUAGUUUUCAUUAAGAGCAAUAUAUACUUGCAAGAUGGUUCUUCUAGAGAAGCUCUGGGAUGAUGUUGUAGCUGGUCCUCAACCUGAGCGUGGCCUUGGCAAGCUCAGGAAGCUCAACACCAACUUCAAAGGAGAAGGUAGCAAGUUCCAGAGGAACUUGUCCAUGCCGACGACACCGACAACCCCGUUGACCCCGACGACACCGAUAUCGGCGCGUAAAGUUGACAACGUUUGGAGGAGCGUGUUCCAUCCCGGGAGUAACUCUGCCACAAAGACCAUUGGUGCUCAGAUGUUUGACAAACCACUGCCUAACACUCCUACUGUCUAUGAUUGGCUCUACAGCGGGGACACAAGGAGCAAGCACCGCUGAGUGACGGCGAACUCCCGUUAGUUUCAUGUAAAUAGUGUCCGCUUUUGUUGAGCGUCUGCCACGUGAUUGCAUCUCUCUUUCCGCUUCGUGUUUUGAUUGGGCUGUCGUCGACUGAAUUAGCAGUGUUUGGUUUUGAGAACAAGUGAAUGUAAAAAUGCUUAAUAAUUAGUAUGCUUUGUUUUUUAUUCAAGUUUUGUUAACCAGAUCUGCCGUGAACCUUGUUGAUGGGUUAAUCUAUUAUUAAAAUAAGUUAAAGUGUGUUACUCUUUUUUUUUUUUUUAAGAAUAUGUAAUCUUGGUGAGAUAAGUAUAAUGUGUAUGGAUUUGCACGGUCUUAUCAUAAUAA